AUGGACACAGCAAAGUCCUCUUCUGAUGAGCCCCUUUGCAAAGGGAAAAGAAGGCAAGAUCUCCAAGAGAUGCUGAGAGAAGUAGGACUGGACAUUGAGUACUGGUUGCCAAAGCUGCAGGAACACCUGGGUGUCAGCUGUGCCCAGGCCUUACAACACAUAGAAGAAAGAGAAUUCCAGAAGCUGAAAUCCCAAGCACAACAUCCCUGGGAGAAAAGGGCCCUGCAGAAGCUACUCAACCUGUCACACUCAACUAGCCUUUCAGAGUUACAGGAGUCUCAGGGGAAAAUCUUAAAGAAGAAGAAGAAGAAGGGAAAGCAAAUGCUGCAGGAGAAAAGAGAUUUCAAAUCAGAAGAAAGGCAACUACAUCAAGAGACAGUGACGGGGGGAAAGGCAGAGCUGAGGCGGGCAAUGGAACUCCCCAACGAGUAUUGGCCACCACCCCAAAAAUCCCUACAAGAAGUCAUGGAAAACAUGGAGGGAAAACUCAACCUCAAUGAGAGGACACUGUCUCACAGGCAAAACCUCUCAGAUAGAGAUCUGGUGAGAUGGGCAUCUGGAGGGCUGGCCCUGCAGGGAAUUUACAAAGCCAGCUCCCACAUGAGCCUUCUAGAGAAGAGAGAAGAGCUACUCAGUGUCCCUAAGGAGUUCUUAUUCUUUGGCCCUGAGCACAGCACGCGAAUGGGAACCUGGGAAUUCACAUCUUCUCAAGCAGAAUCCAUGUUCACCCAGAUGAUAGAGAAGCUGGGGUUCAGUGUAACUGCAUCAUCCAAGGGCGGAGGUUGGAGACUUUUCUUGGAAGCUGAUGUGGACCACAGCAAACAUUCAGAAUCCAAGGAAAUCCCACAAUCACAUCCUGAGCACUCCUAUUUCUGCUCUACCAAGUUCAGCUAUGUCCCACUUGCCUCCUGCCACUUUCCCAUGGAUCAGCUCCAGUUCUCCAAGGCUGCUCUCCAGGAACUGAAAUGCAUUGAUGACCUUCUACAUCAGCCUGCAGGCCCAGACCGACUCCCCAUGCUGAGGCGCAAGACUGAAGCUUUCUUCCACAGGUUUGGGUCUCAUGCUAACCAGGGCCCUCUGCACCUGGGAGGAAUCUACUGGUGGAAAGCCACUUCAGAGGGUUUCCAGAGUGAGCAGCUGGAACGAGUAAAGGAGCAGGUGGCAGAGGCCCUGAACAGGUUAAUAAGUGAAAGCUAUAGUGGCCUUGGAGUGAAAAUUGCUGCAGGUAUGAAUGUGUCAGAUUCUUGUACAGAAACAGCUGACCCAAGCACAACCUUCCAAAAUCUCCAGACCAAAGUCCAAUUAUCUGUGGCCCAUUCAGGCGGCCCACCAGAAGCAAGUGGCUUUCUCCAAUGGAAAGCUGGCCUAGUUGCGAGUAAUCAAACCUGGAGUGUCAUUGACCGGGGACUUCAGCUGGUGCCCAUUUGGGACAUCAUCCUCUCCAACCACAGAAGUGAUUUUAAGGAUCCAUGUCAGGUAGCUAGCUUACUGAAGGAUAGCUACUCUGCUCUGACAUGCAUCACUGCCCAGAUCCAGGAUGGAGAAGAAUUACUGAGUGUUGGGAAGGAGGCUGGGCUUUCCCUAGAGGAUGUGAAAUCCUGGAAGGUAUCUGACCCUGAAGAGCAGCUUAAAAAACUGAUAAAUUUCAUGCAAAUGUUGAGUCAAAAAAUAAAAAGUUAUGAUGCUUGGGUUAACAUAUGCCUCACAGACUGGGGUCUGCAGUAUUUUCUGAUAAACACUGUUAACUUUUGCAAAAAUUCUUCCAUCUAUGAAACUAAGUUUAUUAAAUCUCAGUUGCGCAGCCUUUUGGAUCCUCACAUCUACAGAGUGAAUAACUUUCCUCAGGCUCAUUCCAUCAUGCAGUGGAUCUCCCAGUCAGAGUCAGAGCAGGAGCCUAUCAACAUCACCCAAUUUUCUGAACUAAUUAAAAUCUUAGAGAAAACCCAGAAUGACCUCAUGGAAGUGAAGAUGAAAUCUGAGACUGCAGAAACAGUGGAAGAAGCUAAAAAAAAGGCCACUUAUGAGGUCAGCACCUCUCUUGGCUGCUUCUUGAAUUACCUCCGAGAAACAGAGCAGCCAGACACACAGCUCUUGCUACUUUCCAUUGCAGCUGGUGCAGGAUAUCAUGUGGUAAACAAUAAGUUUCAAUAUCCGCUUGGGUUUCAUGAGUUAGGCUUCUUACUGGAUGAAAUGCAAACUGCCCAAGAUAAAUACCAGGAGCUCAAAAAUAUUUGCACCUACAGAGCUCAGGCACUCCUGGUGCUCACAGGUCUUACAGCUACCAUUGGACUCACAGAUGUUUCUCCGGAGGAGAAAAUACAACGCUUGGCAUUAAUAAGACAUCACCUGGGCCAAUAUUUAUCAAAGGAAGUUGCACAUGUCCUCUCCAAACAUGGGGCAGAUCAUGAUUGGGAAAACUUAGAGAAAGAUUUGAGAAAGCUCAUUGAUGGUAAUUAUGAAGGCACCAUCUCCUCAUUGCAAAUAGACAAGGUAAGAAAAAACUUGCAAAGUAAUUUCCAUAAAGAAAAGCAAUCCCAUGAACCACAUGAUAUUAGAAAUAGUAAAGGGGAAGUUGUAGAAGAUACAGCCUUCCUGAGAUUACUCCAGCGUCUAGGCCUAAAACAUUACUACCCAAAAAGGAUGAGCAGAGCUAACUUUCAUCUGAUCAACAAGACUUGUGUGUACAACACCCAGCCCAGCUCUGAAAGGGAGCUUCCUUCCUAUUUCUUGCAGAAGCUAUUGAUGUUGGAUUAUGGAUUGAGAUAUCUGGUCUUCAGAGAUGGUGAAAACACACAGACUCAUGUCUAUCAAAGUGCUUCUAAUCAGGAAAAUGAGACUUUUGAUCCAUAUGAAAACUUGUUUCAAGAUAGGGAUACUCCCACUAAUCGUUCAACCUCUAAUCCUAGGCCCCAUAUUCAUCCUAUGGAUAUCCAGAUGGCAAUUCUUCACUGUGCAGAUAAUUUUGCGAGACAAUAUAUUUUGUCCAAACUUUCCAUUUGCCAGUUUGCACUCCCUCUUCUCAUACCUAAUCCCUGCAGUUCUCAAAUUGAAUUCUCUCUCUGGUCUCUCACUCAAAUUAGAAGGAGCUGGCAGGAAGCAAGGAAAUCACCAAGAGAGGAGAAGAUCAAUCACAAGAAUAAGCAGAUGUGUCAUGUCUCUACCCCCAUUGUGUCCUUUAUAAGAGUUGGAAAUGGCUUCUCAGCUUCCAAAUCUCAGAUCAUGAACUGUCUUCUCAGUAAACGAAAACAUGAUGUCUUUUUCCACCGACAUUGUAGAGGGAGCACCAAAGACUGUCUCUUGAUGGGGGGAGUGGUGGAAAUCUGCUGGUUCUGUCCUGGAGGGGAUGACGAGGACAGAUUUGACAACUGUGUGACCUUCACCAAUCUCCAUGGAGAUGCAAAGGAACAUAAGAAGCAACUCAUCUUCCUGCAGGAGGUCUCUUCUCUCAUUGUCGUCCUCAUGUCAACUUCUGAUGACAAUAAAGAAAACCGAAAAAUUAUUCAUGAUCUGAGUCAGUCACCAAGACCUUUGAUUUGUUUACUUGAUAACAAAGAACAAACCAUGGCUAAUAAUUCUAAUCAAAAAGUGAUCAUUGGGAUCCGGAACAGAAAUGAAGCAGAAUUAACAGAGGAGCUUGUUACUACAAUCAGACGUUUGAUGGUGUUCUCGGGCACAGCUCUCAGCAUAGAAGACCUCACCCCAAUGGCUCGCAAGCAAGGAUUCUUUAUUGAUAAAGACCAGAGAGAAUGCAAGGAAGCCAAAGAAAAGGCAGAGGUCCUAAUAGCUCUACUUAAAGAAGUGAAUAUAUCUCAGGUGAAGGAAAACUUACUGCCCCUUCAGGGAAACCUGUGGCAUCUUUGGUGUAAAAAGGACAGAGAACUCUAUCAUCUAAGAGAAAAAGGGAAUCGAAGCAUCGAACAACAUAAGAGUGAGAUUGAGGCAGAAAAACGAAGAAUACGGAGUGAACAGUUGACCAGAGCCUUUCCUCUCAAUGAGUUAAUGCAGUCUGUCCUUGAAAUUCUCCAAAUGCAUUCAGAAACUCAAACCACACACUACUUUUUGCAAUGGCUGAGUGUAUUUUUGGAAAACUUGACUGCAGGACACUUGGAAAAACUGAAUGAAGAGAAAAACAAGUUGUGGUCACAGAUACAAACAGAAAAGCAAAAGGCACCAAAGGGCACUGACCUCCAACUCUGGCAAAAAGAUAUAGAAGCUAUCUCCAAAAAGAUUAGUGACUGUACAUUGGGAAUUGAGCAACUUCUCAGAGAAGUUGGCCAGAUCUAUGAAGCUCUGGAAGAAGCUUCCCCCACUAAAAAUACCCUUUAUCUCUCCCUUCCCCAGAUUGCUGCAGAUCUGAUGAUAUCUGGUGCUCCCAUUGAGCUGAUGGAUGGGGAUGCUUCAUAUGUGCCUCUAAAGUGGGUGGCAGCUGUUUUUGACAAGAAUGUGGGGGAAGUGACAGCUAAAGAUCAAACUAUGGAAGGAAGGAGGCAGUUAGAACAGAGACUAGAUGAAAUGGCAGCAACAGCAGCUGAGCAAGAACAGUGCUUAGAUCCACAAUGUCCAGGAUCUGAAAAGGAGAAUUCUGGCUGCCAAAGUUUCAGGAACACCAGAGAGGUCAUGGCCAUGAGCAAAUUGGAAACCAUGUAUAACUACUGGACCUGGCAGCUGAGGAGUCAUGUGCUAGAUGUGCAGUACCAACUCAUCAACCAAAUUAAGAAUGGGAAAAUCCAGAAACUCACAGCAAGCAUAUUAGAGGCUCCAGUUACUGAAAAAUAUAAAGCCAUCAAGCAAGAACUUGACAAAUAUUUUAAUGAAGAUCCAGAGAGUGAAAUAAUGAUUCAGUGGAAAGCAAGUUUUGAAAAUAAACUAAUACACCUUAAAGAGGCACUUAUUUUAGAGAGCAAAAAUAAAGCUGAGGAACAUAUAAGUUAUAAAAAGAAUCAAGAAAUACUGGAUAACAAAAAAUCAGAUUAUGAAAGGGAAUUAUUAGAAAGAAGCCAAAAAUUGGCUUUAACUGUAAAAGGCACAGAAUUGAGUGACAAAGAGCUUCAUGUCAGAUUCAGUGAACUUUGGAGAAAAUGGGUCUGUGAUGUGUCCUCAAGUCCUCCUUCAGUCACAGAGCCAGACAUUGAUGUGGAUUCUGAAAACAUCCUUUUGGAAUAUUUUAAAAAGGAGACAAACAUGGUGAAUAUAAUGAAGAAAAACUUUAACAAGGAGUUUGAAAUCAAUUACAAAAAACAUGUCAAAAUGAGCAAAUGGUUUCACAUAUAUGCAAGUAACUUAGAAGUAUAUGAUAAAGAAUCCAUAAAUAGGACUACUGACUGCAUUCUUGCAAGAUAUAGUGAAACUAUUAAAAAUCUUCAGAGGCAACAGUGUGAUUACAAUCCAAGUUAUUUCCAUGAAAUCCUGAGAAUAAUAGAAGAGGAGGUGAAAUCUGCACCCACUGAAGAAAGAUACACAUUUACAAGUCAUUACAAAAUUGAAUUAUCUUUAUCUUUAUUCCAAAGAGCAUCUGAGGAUUUUAAGAACAUGCAUAGGGCAUUCAAAAAAGCAAAUGACCCUGUAAAUUAUUUACAAAACAAGAAAGAUGAUUUCUUCAUGAGUUUUAAGAUCUCUUGUCAAGGAGCAACUUCAGUCACAGAAUUUGUUGAUUUUUUAUGGCACAAACUCACUCCUGCCUGUGAUAUUAAGGACACAUUCCCCACUGCCCUGAAGAGUUUAUACCCCAUAGAUAAGGAUUUGAACUUCAAUUACUGA